AUGCCGAUUUCGUUACGGGAAUAAUCAUCACUUCAUCGGCACAUACACCCGAUAGAUAAGCUAAGAACACGCUGCAGGACGGCUAGAUUUCGCCUAAAGUCUAAACUUAUAUCGAUUAUAUUUUUCCCUUUCGUGGGAAAGAAAACCAAAUCUGUCUGUCUCUGGCGAAGAUCAGCGCAAGUCGCGAUUCAAUCUACGCAUUCCGCGUCGGAAAUAGCAGGCAACAUCACGUCGACAUUGUUCCCCACUUCAAAUUCUGUAGAGUGCAUGGAUUCUCUCGUCGUCAAACUGUCAGAAGAAAACUAAAACAAUGUGUGCAAAAGAGUUACAUCGCAUUUCGGCAGUUGAAGCCCUUAAAUUAAUUAGAGAUGGCGAUCUCACAAUAGAGGCUUAUGCUUCGGCGUUGCUCGAUCGUAUCAAGAAACGAGAUUCCGUCGUAAAAGCCUGGGCAUAUCUUGACCCGGACUCCGUCAUAACGCAGGCGAAAGCCUUGGAUAAAGUCCCUUUACCGGAAAGAGGACCUCUACACGGGAUACCGGUGGGCGUCAAGGAUGUGUACCUAACAAAGGACAUGCCAACGGCCUACAAUUCUGAAAUAUACAGAGGCCAGCCAACGGUAACCGCGGAUGCGGCAGCGGUCAUCACACUUAGAGCCGCUGGAGCGCUCAUCUUUGGGAAGACCACAACGACAGAAUUCGCCAGUACCGUCGUGGGAGGUCCGUCGACGAAUCCACACGAUCCCACCCGUACGCCAGGUGGUUCCUCUUCCGGAUCGGGAGCGGCAGUAGGUGAUUAUCAAGUUCCUAUUGCCCUGGGUACACAGACAGUAGGCAGUACGAUACGUCCGGGAUCAUUCAACGGGAUAUAUGCGUUCAAGCCGACGUGGGGAGCCAUCUCAAGGGAGGGCUUUGCGCAAUACUCUAUGACAUGUGACACCGUAGGUCUCUACGCUAGGUCAGUUGAGGACUUGGAUCUGCUGGCCUCUGUUUUCAAGCUAGCCGACGACGAGGUCGUUUCAACGCAGCCUCUUGACUUGAAGGGCGCAAAGGUAGCGUUCUGCAAAACCCACGUCUGGCCCGAAGCAGGACCAGGCACGCGGAACGCUUUCAGCAAAGCCCAAGAGCUUCUAGCCAGUCGCGGCGCGAACGUAUGCGAGCUUGACCUGCCGUCCGAGUUCGCCGCCAUUUCCAGAUGGCACGAAAUCAUCCUGGCGGGCGAAGGCCGCUCGUCCUUUCUUGGCAACUACUCUCUGGCAAAAGACAAGCUGCACUCCUCGAUCCAGGCCCACGUGGAGAAUGCCCAGAGAUUCACGAAAAAGCAGCUGCUGGAAAGCUAUGACGGCUGCGCGCGCCUCAGACCCCUGUGGGACGAGAUUGCCAGCAAGUACGACGUGGUCAUCACUCCAAGCGUGGUCGACGAGGCUCCGGUGGGCAUUGAACGCACGGGAAGCGCAGUCUUCAACGGCAUGUGGACGAUUCUACACGCCCCAUGUCUCAAUUUACCGGGCUUUGCUGGAGAAAACGGACUUCCCGUUGGAUUGACGCUGGUAGGCGGAAGGUAUCAUGACCUAGGAGUUCUUCGUGCUGGAAAGACUCUGGGCGAGAUUUUUGAGCGUGAUGGUGGAUUUGUCUCAAAGAUCCCGUGAUUUCGGCGCUGAAGAAAUUGGCGAAAGAAAUACUUCAAUCUCUAUGUGAAUAACCUUAUUCCUUCUCUGAUCUUUUCCAAGAACAAGAGCAUAGAUGCUGGAAAUAGAAGUAGAGAAUUCGCGCCUUACAUCUGACGAAAUGUUGAGACCAAGGAAUUUCCAAAUUGCAUGCGUGUAAACGAACUUCUCGAGAUGAUUAAGCCAGAAUCUGAUCCGGGCAGAAAGUAUUCAUGUCUAAUCUACACUCAUAAAGCAUUAAAAACCAGGGAAGUAUAAG